ACAGCGGAAGCGAAUGUAUACAAUGGAAAUCCAAAAAUCAAUUAAGUUAUGAAAAACAAUAUUAAUUGCCUUUCUUUGUCGCCGCUGCAGAUAAAGAAAUGGCGGAUAUAUAGACACGAACCACUGGAGAAGCAGUUUCAUGGAUAAAAACAGAAUGAGCUGAUAGUUCCAGAGGUCUUUCAGAAGAGGUGGCAGAAGAGAGAGGCUGACCGGAAGAUGCCAAGAAGAAAACAACAGAAUCCUCAACCUGUCAAGUUGGAUUCUGAAGAUGGUGUAUUAACCAUCGGAGCUCCAGGAAGCCUGACCUUGAAGGCAGAUUUUCUUCUGGGACACGACCUUGAGUUUGGUGACCCCGGCCAUGACAAGAUCCUAGGCCUGGACGACAAGUACUCAGACUCUGUAGCGGCUGAGAUCGGCUUCUCUGUGUACCCUCUGGGGGAUGAGGAAGAGAGUUGUGCCUUCAGCCGUCUCAGUAUGGAGAGUGACGCAGAUGAGCCCUGCACCGCCACCGAGAGCUGCAGGGACCAGGAGGAUGAUCCAACCUCCCAGCCCGACCUCGAGCCCCCCUUCCCCCCCUACCUGUCCUGCCGGGGCUGCGGCCUGGAUCUGGUGGGACCCUACUGCCACCGUUGCUGCAAAGGAGGAGGAGGAGGAGGAGGGGAAUUCAGCGGCUCGUUCGGUGGCUUUCGCUCCGGUUCGCGGUCACAAGCGGACGAUAGCGAGGAAGGAGGGGACGUAACGGACGACAACUCCAUAAUGGGUGACGACGGUCCCAACUCCAAGCUCCACUCCUGCCAGUUGUGUGGGUUCUCCUCACGCUAUGCCAAUCACGUCAAGAGGCACAUGAAGACUCACAACGGGGAGAAGCCGUACCACUGUCCCCUGUGUACCUACGCCUCAGCCCAGCUGGUCAACCUGCAGAGACACCUGAGGAUUCACACCGGGGAGAAACCAUACAGGUGUGACCGCUGCUCCUUCGCCUGCAGUUCCCUAGGCAACCUGAAGAGGCAUCAGAGGAUGCAUGUGGCUGGACAGCCGGGACAGGGGGCGGGACAGGAAGCAGUCAGACCUGAUCCCUCUGCCGUUGGCCCUCCUGCUGUUGGCCCUCCUCCUAUUGGUCCUCCUGCUAGUAGGCAUGGUCUUAAGAGGAAGGAGGAGCACAGUGCUUCAGCUGAAGAAGUGAUGAGGUCUGAUCUAAACCUCCACAACAGAGACUACCUGCCACGCUACAGCAGACAAAGGUUACCCCCGCCACUGGAGCAACAGCCCCCAAGACUUAUUGAGGGGCCUGGACUUGGGGCUAGGGUCGGGGCUGGGACUUUAGGAAGGUGUUUGACUGGGACUAGGUCUGGGCCUGGAGUCAGAGCUGUGGUGGGAGUGAAGUCAGAGGACACACACAGAGACACUCUCCUUCCUCUGCUCUUCCCCUUUACCUGUCGUCUCUGUGGUAUCCCCCUGGAGGAUGAGGAUGGCUCCACUGCGCAGAUCUGUGCCAAAUGCACCCUGGACAUGCUGACCAAGGAGUCAUCUGGCCCCAACAGCCCCGGGGAGCGUGGGGAUAAGGUCUACACCUGCAGCGCCUGUCCCUUCCUCACCCACUACCCCAACCACCUGGCGCGACACAUGAAGACGCACAGCGGAGAGAAGCCGUACAAGUGCCCUCAGUGCGACUACGCCUCCGCCCACUUCGACAACCUGAAACGCCACCACCGCGUGCACACGGGCGAGAAGCCGUACAAGUGCCACCUGUGUGACUACGCCUGCGGGAACCUGGCUAACUUAAAACGCCACCAGCGGGUCCACUCAGGCGCCAAGCCGUUCCAGUGCGCAGUGUGUAGCUACAGCUGUAACCAGAGUAUGAAUCUGAAGAGACACAUGCUGAGACACACGGGCGAGAAGCCUUAUAAGUGCCAACAGUGUGGAUACACCACGGGACACUGGGACAACUACAAACGACACCAGAAGAAACAUGGCCUCGCCACCGACGGAUGGGUCAAAGUUCAGAUGUCCGGCGCCCACGAGGAAGAGGGGGGUGAGGAAGAGGAUGAGGAAGAAAGGGUGGCGGGACAGCCGCAGAGGAAAGAGGAAGAGGCGGAGAUGCAGUAUAUGUCCAGAUAGGAACAGAGCCAGAGCCUGUUACCACAGAACAUGAGAUUGGGAAAUGACAGCUAAGCUACCAGCAAAAUCCUAGAUUUUUCGUUUUGUUUUUGUCAAUGAUUUUUCUGCAGCUGCUAUGUAAAAUCCUAGAACAUGGUGAUKGUUAUUGGAUAUGUUUGAUGCCUUUUGGACAGAAAGUAAGGAGGGUUGCUGCUGUGUUGCCAGACGAAUGGACUGGAAAGAGGUUUCUACUUUAACGUCCGCAACUAAAUACUGCCUGCAUUGUCCACCAUAUGCUGUUCUCUCCCCCCCAACACACACCAACAGUGCCGUACAUAUCCUAACUUCAUUUACGCCUUACAACCCACAAUUCAGUUGUCCUAUUAACUAGGUAUCCCCCUUUCCCUCUAUAGUCUCCAUUUACCCGUCUGCUAUUCCAACUCCUCUAUAGUCUCCAUUUACCAGUCUGCUAUUCCAACUCCUCUAUAGUCUCCAUUUACCAGUCUGCUAUUCCAACUCCUGUAUAGUCUCCAUUUACCAGUCUGCUAUUCCAACUCCUCUAUAGUCUCCAUUUACCAGUCUGCUAUUCCAACUCCUCUAGUCUCCAUUUACCAG